AUGGGUUCGCUCUGUUGUGUGGCUGCGAAAUCAGAGAGAUCAAAUUCCGCAAGUCAAGAUUUUUCGUUUGGCCCUCGUGAGCCUUAUUGGAGGACUAAUACAAGCUUCUCUCCACCUUCAUCGAGAUGGGACGUCCAUGGAUUAACCGAUGGCAUUAGCUUCUAUAGAUCUUCUACAUCAUCAAAUGCUAAUGUUCUUCGUAGUCCCGACCUUCCUCAGGCUCUUCACUGGACUCCUAAUGAUUUUGAAUCUGCAGCAAGAAGAGAUCAAGUUCUUAAGCAACAAACGGGAACAUCAAGAAACGUCGGUACCGGGUUUUCCUUCUCAUCUUCUGGUAUCGGAGACUCUGAACCUAACCGGAACUUAUCAAGCCGGCGUUUCUCCCUCUCCAAACCGGUUCAUCCUAUACUCCAUCGUUCAGAUAACGUUAGAGAAACGACAUCUGACUCUGCGGAUGCGUACAGUUGGAGUAGCGGGACUACAAGCAGCAUUGACUCUUUAGAUGUUGUUCCGGAGCCAGUUCUUGAUUGGGACGAGAGUAGUAAGUCUACAAAACCACAGCAAGUAGCAGCUUCGAGUACGUUUAAAUGUGCAUUGUGCAACAGAUAUCUCUCACAGAAGUCUCCUUGGGGAUCUCGUUCCAUCAUAAGAAACCGGGACAUGCCUGUCACAGGAGUGCUUCCAUGUCAGCAUGUCUUUCACGCGGAGUGUCUUGACCAAUCAACUCCAAAGGCUCACCGCAGUGACCCGCCUUGUCCAGUAUGCAGCAAACAAGAAGGAGAACAUUCAAGAUCACACAACAUUGUUCAAAGGCUUAAACCGGUUUGUGAAGAUGGGCCAUCUACAAGACCAUGGGGAUGUGCUCAGGCUGGUGACUGUGUUGAGAGUGCUCUUAAUGUGCCGCAGAGAAACACUAUGAUCAUGAUAAACCGGAACAGGAUAAGGAAAAGUCUCUCAUUGAGAGGUAAUUCGAGCAAAGAUUCUCCGAGGAAAAUCAAGAAGAGUAACUCAUUUGGCCUGGAGAAUCUGACGAAUCAAGUCUCCGUUUUGCAUUCUAGAGGGAAAGAGAAAGCCUAUAAUUGGUAG